GCAGCUUCCUCUACAACUGAUGUUACAGAUUCAUCGUCGGAUUCAUGUACUCAUCGCAAUGACUUAUAAUCGAUCAUUUUCAAUCGUUCCGAUGAUUUAGAACACCCAUGCGCUUGACCUCGAAACCUCUGGCCAAUACGUCUUAGAGGCGGAUCCUUCGGGACAAGCCCGCGAUGUUCAUUUCCAAUCCAGAUGUCGCAGCCAUCACCGCCACUGUUACUCCGUUCUUGAAUCAAGAUGCUGUCCUACAUCACAUCGCAUCCAGGAGUUUCUUCUCGGAUGACGAGGGCGGUACUCCGAUCCAGCGCUGGUCGUCUCUGAUCGGGAUUAUCAGUUCGAUUGUGGGGAAUAUACUUAUCAGCUUCGCCCUCAAUAUCCAAAGAUACGCGCACAUACGAAUACACAAGGAGGCGGAAGAGAAGAAGCGUCAGCACAGACAGGUUAGCGAUCGUUAUGGAACAGCAGAUGGUUCCUGGGCAGGUCACAAUGGACAUGAAGAGACGGAACGACUGAGAAGCUCAUUCGACUCCGCAAAGCCAGGGUCCGAGUCUGGCGGCGAUAGUAACGACAAUGUCGAGCAGCAAUCAUAUUUGAAGUCGCCAUACUGGUGGGUUGGGAUUGUACUUAUGACAAUUGGAGAAACCGGAAAUUUCUUGGCUUAUGGAUUUGCACCGGCUUCUAUCGUGUCGCCGCUCGGGGUGGUUGGGCUCAUCUCGAACUGCGUUAUUGCACCUAUAUUGCUCAAGGAAGAAUUCAGGCUCCGGGACUUCUGGGGAGUCGUGGUUUCUGUACUUGGAGCAGUUACGGUUGUUCUUAGCGCCGAACAAGAAGAGAAGAAACUUGGUCCUCACGAGGUUAUCGGUGCUAUCACGACGAUGGAGUUUGAAAUAUAUAUGGCUGUGACUAUCGGAGUCAUGUUCAUCCUGGCAUGGGCAUCACCAAAAUACGGAAGCAAAACUAUCCUGAUUGAUCUCGGGCUCGUCGCCUUGUUUGGCGCAUACACGGUACUAUCGACAAAGGGUGUUUCCUCCAUGCUCUCGACCUCAUUCUGGGAUGCAUUCACCAACCCAAUUACAUACGCCCUAGCCGUUGUAUUGAUUGGCACAGCGGUGAUGCAAGUCAAAUAUAUUAACCGCGCUCUUCAACGCUUCGACUCUACUCAAGUCAUUCCAGUCCAAUUUGUGUUGUUUACAAUUUCGGUGAUCAUGGGCUCAGCAGUUCUGUACCGAGAUUUUGAAUCCACCAGCCCUGGACGGGCUGUAAAAUUUGUUGGAGGCUGCCUCCUAACCUUCUUUGGAGUUUUUCUCAUAACUUCUGGAAGAGUCAUCCACGACGACUUGAGUUCCGACCUCGAUUCAGAGGAUGAGGCAGAGAGCAUCUCCCUUACCAACCACGACGAUCGACGGGCUAGCUAUUAUAGCGAUAGGAAUACCCAAAGGGCGUCAUUGAGUCGGGCGCGCCCAUCUCAUGAACUUCUCAUCAACGACGAGGCUGCUGAAUCUGACGAUGGUUUCCCCGCGGACGAUAUUUCGCGGCGUUCCUCUCGCAUCUCUUACGCACACCGCCCUCGUCCAAUAAGCUCUACUUCUCAGACCCUAGUGCCCGGCUCAGCGCCUGCUUCACAUCCGCUGGACAGCGCUUCCCUCGCCGCUCUUCCGUCUACCUCUGAAGCUCCCCCCGACAGGCCCGUGCGCCCCGCAAUUACGCGGCUCAUAUCGCAAAAUGAAUUUGGACAGCCACAGUCUGAUACUGCGGUCCUGCGGCCCAUGACUCCUGCACGUCACUCGACUGGCAAGCCUAUGACCCCAGGACCGUUCAUCUCUCCCCUCUCGUCUUCGGUCGUGGCAGAUACGGUUCGCCGCAGUACCGAUAUGUACGGCAGUAGGCGCCGGCCACGCCUUGACCUCCACCAGACGCGGAGUAGAGAACGGCGGGAUAGCAUGGAGGGGUUGUUGACCAGCGAACAGAAUAGCCCGACGAAGGCUUCACGGAUGAUAGAUCGCCACUCGUAUGCUGAGGAUGGGGACUUUGGUAAUGGCAGGAGAAGCCUGGAAAUACCUUUCGAAGAGAGUGGUGGAAGUGGGAGGAGGAGGGCGCAGAGCUUAGGGCAGAGAUUGGGUGGAUUCUUGCGCAGUCUGGGAGGAACAGCACCCACCACGCCUGAAGGAGAACAGGAGGCUGAAGACCUCGAACGAUUGGCUCGCGAGCAAGAUUAAAGCCCUCAAAAGUUGGUCUGGCCGCGCUGAGGCACGAUGCGGCCUCUGUUACUUUUCAAUGAUGCGACAUAGCGGGCGAAUAGUAUUUAUUCGGCAUUUUAGUCCUUGGUUUCCAUUGGAGGAGUUUUGGUGUAAGAUGAUUUACGGAAGGGGUAGGAUUUGCUUGAGCAUGCGAAGUUGGGAACGGACGUGUUUAGCCAAUUAUAUAGUACGAAUAAUGCAAACAAGGGGUUACAUAUUGGCCACGUAUUAACC